AUGCUGCCGAGAGACUCCAUCUACAGCGGGGCGGUCUUCCCGCCGCAGGACAUCUACUAUGAGGGGUCCGAGGACGAAGACUACGACGAUGCGGAGGCGCGGAGGCUGAGGUAUGAGGCUGCUGGACAGCAGUUCCUUGCCGGCAGAGUUCCGAUGCUGCUGUCUGCAACCUUGAAAGGCCCCUUCGACGAGGAAUCUGGCUGGGUGAACCCGUGGCGGUCCAAGAAUCGCACCGCCAAUUCGCAACGUCGGCCUGAGUCUCAGCCUGCAGGCUCGCAGUAUAGCCUCAGGCGACCUAUGGUGUCUGCGUCUGCUUCUCCAGUUACCCAGAGGCAAUCGAUAGAGGUCCUGAAAAAUGCCGAGUGUGCUCUUCCUAGUCCGGAAAGCCUCAAGCAGGCACCUUUCACUGAACCACGUCCGCGUCUCCGAGGCAAAGUCGCUGGUCUAUAUGGUUGGGAAGAGGACGAUGCUUCUCUCUCGCCAACCAAGGAUGGCUACGGCUCCUGGGCAGCAAGUUCACCAUUACAGAAGCUGAGCAAGAGGAAAUCAAAAUCAUCGAUUGGCGCGGAUAGCACAUCGAAGAAGCGUCGUAGAGUUGAAUCAUCAGAACUUGAAAUCAAGACUCCCACCUCAGAACGACGGCGGGCUAGAACAACAAGUGCCAGCGAACAACGCACAAGGGCUUCAAGCAACACGUCGAUAUAUUCGCAUAUUCGGGAGCUUACUUCGAAAAUUCCAAGACAGGACCUAUCCAGCGAAGAGGGCGAUACGUUCGACUCUGACGACGAUGAAACUCUCAUUACUCAUCCAUCCGCUGAUGCAUCUUCAACGCAUGUGCCGAAUCCAUCCUCCUCGCUAUCAUCUCCAUUUUCGCAGCCCAGCUUCUUAAGGGCACUAUCUCCCGUUUCCAUGUCCCCAGCGCAAACACCAUCGAAGCAGAGAGUUCUGGCAACCCAAUCGCCCAGCAAAUCGCCUAGCCGCCCGCGGUCUUCGAGUGGUGUAUCUUGUCUGUCAGAAGCUCCAACAAAUCUAUCUGACCUCUCAGAUCUGGAUGCGCUAGGCGCGGGGGGUCAUGUUGACGAUGAGGCUCAUGCUUACGACAACGCCGCAGCACCAGAGUCUCACUCAUCAGAGGAAGAAUUAGAACGUUCGCCACUUGAAUUCAACGAAUGGGCGAGUGCCAGUGCUACCCAAUCGCUCCCGCGCGCAACCACCCCAAUCGACCCCAACCAUGAUGAACCCACAUCAUCUUCAGAUGAUGCAAACACAGCCCAUAAUACUGGGGGUGGCUUUAUGAAUGGUCUGGAAGCAAACUACGCAGCCUCCCGCGGAUUCAUCAUGCCCUUCGGUGCUACAACACCUACACGAAUGGCUCAUCCAAUAAUAUAUAAUGAUGCUGACGGACCUAAUGACUUGUCUCCUGACUCUAGUAUCACAGCUUUAUCGAGCGCACAACAGCCCGCUGCUAAUCGGACUGAAGCAGCCAAUGUUUCCAGAGACUCGCCAGGCAACAGUAGUCCUACAAAGACAAAAAGCCCUACUAAAUCAUCCGCUCUUCAGUCUUUGAGCCCUCGCAAUGGUAGAAUCAACUCGCGACCUGCUCCCAACAAGAUUGCUCAACCUCAUCAUUUAUCGCCUAUCAAAUCACCCGCAGCUGCAGACAAGGCAAUCUACUUUCAAGAGGAAGAUAGCCAGCGGGCAAAGGAGAAUGUCGAGUCAAAAGGAACAAGAGAGAAUCCAUUACCACAAGUUAUGAGGGCCAAUAUUCCGAUGUCACAGCCCGGCCUGAGCGAAAUUGCUCCGGACCUCACCUGCAAGGCCGAUCAUUCGAAAGUAGACAAAUCCCAGGAAGAACCCGUGGCUCGCGAUACUGCAACAUUUUCAACAGCCUCCCUUUCCAGCCAACUGCCGAUUAAAACCGCCCCGCCCACAGAGAUGGAUAACACAGCCCAGCUCAUUGUGCUGCCUAACACAUCGGAGUUGGCAGAACCAAGUCUUGCCCAGGGACAGGGGGAGGUCUCCGCUGAUUCGCAAUCUUCAGUUCCCACAGAGGAGGAUGCUGGUCUGGACAUGUUUGGGGCGCACACAUCAGAAAAGGCCGCCGAUUCCGAGUUGACAGCCGUCUUGGCAGAUGAUCAUGGCCAGACACCUCUACAGGAGCAAGAGAAUCCAACCCUCACACCUAUCAAAGCCAGUGAAAGUCUUGUCAUACCACCACAGAGUGUCAUUACAGAGCAGCCAUCUAGUGAGGACUUAUCUCUGCCAAUCGAAACCGUGGCAGAGAGACCAUCCACACCAGAGCCGCGGUUCGCCUUUACGUCCUUUUCGUCAUUCAUGUCGCCUUCUCCCGUCCAUCGCCGGCAGACACGCUUUUUUACAGGUGGGACUUGCAACAAUGUCGCCUCUACAUCACAUGGUAUCCUCGUAUCCAGCAAGAACAGGGCGUGGAGAAGCACAACAGCAAAGAAGCGAGUUUCCUGGGCCCCCUUACCGCAUGAGACGGAUGGCUCUGGCGACAAGACUUCGUCAGAGACGGACACGUCAUCAUCCUCGUCACGAGGCAGGGACCGAGCAGUUUCACCACCUCCACCGCCAUCUACAAGCCUCGCUUCUGAUUCGCUCACCGAGAGAGACAUGAAAUUCAGCCAUCACUUUGCUGCUGUAGCUGAUCGUUCAAAGGGCACACAACCGCAGAGCGUACCAACCACAUCAGGCCAUGGAUCUCGCAGCUCCGACCGGGGCCGGCAAGCCCCCGUUUCUGCAGUACAAAUCGCCAGUCCGACUCGAAUCAACGGGCCUUCCAAAUUGAACUUACACAGAGGGGAGAAGGGGUCGGCCAAGGUGACCAGCCGCGGAUGGGACGAUGACAACGACCCCACGGACAUUGUGCAGGACAUUUUCAACGAGAUGGACGACUUUUUGCAGGUCUGGGAUGUCGACGCCGAGCUUGACGAGGCCCGGAAAGCCGAAAAGGUGCAGGCUGCUGCCGGCAAGAAGAAGAAGGCUGAAACUUGGUCCGACCUGGACAUGGAUAUGGGUAUGGACAUGGACAUGUCUGCACAAUUCUUCUGA